UUUCGCACCCGGUUGAGCAAAAUGGCGAAUCUUCGAAUCUUAGUGGGAGUGAAGAGAGUGAUCGACUACGCGGUGAAAAUCCGCGUCAAACCCGACAACUCCGGGGUCGUUACCGAUGGCGUCAAACACUCGAUGAACCCGUUCUGUGAAAUUGCCAUGGAGGAGGCCGUCAGGUUAAAGGAGAAGAAGUUGGCUAAGGAGAUCAUUGCCGUGAGCUGUGGCCCUACCCAGGCCCAGGAGACCAUCAGGACAGCCCUGGCCAUGGGUGCUGACAGGGGCAUCCAUGUAGAGGUGUCAGGAAAGGACUAUGAGAACAUGACACCGCUUCAUGUCUCCAAGAUUCUUGCCAAGCUGGCUCAGGAGCAGGAAGCCAACCUCGUUAUUCUUGGAAAACAGUCCAUUGAUGGAGACAACAACCAGACAGGACAGAUGACAGCAGCUCUACUAGACUGGCCACAGGCAACCUUUGCUUCAGAGGUCACAAAGGAAAAUGAACAUCUGAAGGUUGUCAGGGAAAUUGACGGUGGUCUGGAGACAGUUACGGUCACCCUUCCGGCAGUCAUCACAGCAGACCUGCGACUGAACGAGCCCCGCUACGCCACCCUCCCCAACAUCAUGAAGGCCAAGAAGAAGAAGAUCGCCAAGCACAAGGCGUCAGACUUCGGGGUGGACCUGGGUUCCAGCGUGGAGGUGGUGAGUGUGGAGGACCCUCCUGUCAGACAGGCAGGGCAGAAGGUGGAGUCCACAGAGGAGCUGGUGGCCAAGCUGAAGGAGUCUGGAGUUAUUUAACAUACAGUCCUCAACUCACACACCCACAAUUUGCAGAAGAUACUACUUGAAGACUUGAUGCUCAAAUAACAAUGCUGUAUAGGCUAUAUAUCUUCACAUAUUGCAUUUCAGUAUGAUUUCAAGAUCCUUAUGUGGUGAUUUACAGCUGUGAAUUUAUGGUAGGAAAUCGUGAAAAUAUUUGAGGCAUGUUGCAUACUUUCAGUUUAAUAACAGUAUUCUGCUACUUCCAAACCUCAAUGAAACGUCAAUGAGAUGUGUGACACUACCAGUCAAACCAUAGAAACUGAUAAUGUAUUAUGCUGCUUCCAUCAUUUCUGUAAAUAAAAGAGUUGUGCCUCAAGCA